UCGCCGGGGCCGCAGCUAGCCGUCGCCGCCGCCAGCUCAGCGGCUCGCACUCGCGGACGCCGCUCGCUACCAGUUCGCCCCCCGAAAGCUGCCGCCGGGCGCCGCAGCCCUCACGCCUGCUGCCCACCGCCCGGUUCAUCCAUGAGCUCAGAUUUCCCACAUUACAACUUCAGGAUGCCUAAUAUUGGAUUCCAGAAUCUGCCUCUCAACAUAUAUAUUGUGGUUUUUGGCACUGCAGUAUUUGUCUUCAUCCUUAGUUUACUCUUCUGUUGCUACUUGAUUAGGCUAAGACAUCAAGCACACAAAGAAUUUUAUGCCUACAAACAGGUUAUAUUAAAAGAAAAAGUAAAAGAAUUGAAUUUACAUGAGCUCUGUGCUGUGUGUCUAGAAGACUUCAAGCCUCGAGAUGAACUGGGGAUUUGCCCAUGUAAGCAUGCCUUCCACAGAAAGUGCCUUGUUAAGUGGCUGGAAGUCCGCAAAGUGUGUCCCCUGUGCAACAUGCCAGUGCUGCAGCUGGCCCAGCUGCACAGUAAACAGGACCGUGGUCCGCCUCAAGAGCCCCUCCCCGGGGCAGAGAACAUUGUAUAGCCCGCUGUAAGGAUCAGACUUGCUGGAUACAUCAGUGUGGAGCCAGGAGGAAUACAGCAGACUUUGCUUAGGCUGCUCUCUGCCUGGGGCACCCACUGUCACGUCCUUUGCCUCAUGAAGAACUCUUGCCAGGCACGCUGAGACCCUAGGCAUCUGGAUCUUGUGACAACCAAAGCACUCUGACAUCACCCUAGGCCAAGAGGAGUGGAUGAGCCUGCAGGUCUGGUUUCCGGUUUCCUGAGCAUCUCUUGCUGUCUCCCAGGCACCUCCACAUCAACCAGAAGGGAAGAUAACACAGGUCUUAGAGAACGGAACUGAGAAUGGGACUUUAAUGCCAUACCCACCUGUGGACCUGUAAGCUGCUGUGCAGAUCUCACCUGCGUCUGUUGCCACAAACCCUCCUGGCAUCCUGAGUCGUUAAACCAGCUGUUCCAUCAGCUGAAGCACAACUGGCUGCUAGUGUUCGGUGAAGCAGCCUCUGCAAGGCUCUUCAGGUUCUAUUCCUUUAAUAAGGCCUUCUUGGAACCUGAAGACUAUGGGAACAGCAGCAGCAGAACUUCUCGCCACACAGAGUUCACACUUGCUGUCAGAUCUUCCAGUUGAAGCCAUUAGAUACACUUGGGAAGGCCUGGUCAGGGGCCGUUCCUCUUGUCUCCCUACUAGUCAUCAGUAAUACCCGAAGGAGCUUGACCCUGACCCUCCAUUGUCCUGUGUAACCCAGGAGCCAGGGUACUGCUCACAUACCCCACAAAUGCAGUAUGAUUCAUUAUAGCUGCUGUCCUCAGCCCCACUUGCUGAGGAGUCUCUCUGGGCCCCUCAGAUGGCUCCAAAGAGGAGCUGCCUUCUCAGCAAGGCCAGUCCCUACCCACCUGGAUGACCAGGACGCCGACACUUUGCUUCUCUCCUCUUCUCUUCUACAUAAGAAAAAUGUCUUGCUACAUUUUUAAACAUUUAUCCCACAUAAGCUCCCUAUAAUUCUAAAGCCUGAAGCCAGUGAGCCACUUGGAGUUGUAAAUAGUUUGAGCAAGCUCCUGCAUGGCCGGCCUUCUAUUGGUGUGUACCUCAGUUAUUUGGACUUCAGAUUCCUAACUGAAGGUGUUUUUAUAGGAGAAAUGCAUGCUGCUCUUUGGCUUUUUCUGUCCAACUUUUCUAGAGAUAAUUGCCUCCAGUAGGCCUUGUGGACGGACACUGUAAAUUAGCCGUGUAAAGCACAGAACAUUCUCUUUACACAGCUUGCUCUCCCCUCCCUUGUCACAACAGUGCCACUGUAAUGCCUCAUCAACUGCUCUGCCCUGCUCUCCCAGUUGUCAGGAGGAAGUUUUGCAGGAAGUACAGUCUGGCAU